AAAAUCAAAAUGAAACCCUCUGCCUUCUCCCUCUCGCCCAUGUCUUCUCCCUCUCGCCCCUGCCUUCUCUGCCUUAACCAAAAAAAAAGAAAAAAAAAACCAGAGAGAGAAGAAGAAGAAGAAGAAAAUCGCUAUUACGUCUUUCUCUCUUUCUUCUCUGGUGAAGUUUUUUUUUUCUUUCUUUCUUCAAACCCUUUUCCUUCUUUGCUAAUUGCUUGGCUCAGAAGGGAAAGAGGGGAGAGAAAGACACCGAACCCAACGAAAAAGGAAACCCCUUUCCUAAGACUAACAACAUACCGAUCUGCUUAUUGUUAUUAUUGAUUCAUUCAUUGAUUGUUAUAUAAACAAUUUAACACGGUUAUUGAGUGAAAAAAGUUUCCGACUUUUGUCUAUUUUUGCCUACGUUUGGGGAGAAAUUUUUAUUGGGUUUCUAUUCUCUUCUGUUGUGUUUAAGAUGUUGGUGGCCAAUAGCUUUGAUCUAUGGCAGAAAGAUGCUUUCUUCUUUGCUGCAGAGGAGGUUCAAGAAUCUGCUGAUAUGUAAGUUUUUUUUUUUUUGUGGGGGGGGGGGGGAUUGUGGUUCUAGGGUUUUUUUGGUUAUGUGGGUAUGAAUUGAUUUUAGUUUUUAACUAGUUUUAAGGUUUGCAUGGAGUAAGCUUAUAAGUUUUCUAUGAUGGGUUUUGGUUUAUGGGAUUUGAAGAAGGACCUGGCUUGUGUGGAUUCUUGAGUUGGUUUUUCUGUAAAAUUUAUUUGGUUGUGUGUAAUGAAAAAAAAAAAAAUUAUUUGGUUGUGUGUGGAAGGGAGUUGUUAGAUUCAAAAGUGUGUCUGUGUAGUGAGGGAGUUUGUUUGUUAUUUUUGCUGCUAUUGAGGGAGAAGACAUGGGCGAGAGGGAGAAGGCAGAGGGUUUCAUUUUGAUUUUGAUGAGAGAGAGAGAGCACUGAAGAUGAAGAAGGAAGGAAGAAGACGAGAGAGAGAGAGAGAGAGAGAGAGAGAGAGAGAGAGAGAGAGAGAGAGAGAGAGAGAGAGAGAGAGUAAAAGGAAAAAAAAAUAUUUUUUUAUUUUUUAAAAUUAAUUUUUAAAAUAUUAAAUAAUUAUUUAAAAUAAAAAAUAAAAAUAAAUCUAUCUAGACCAAUCACAAUGUGAUAUGUGGACACUAACUUGGCACAUAACGGAGAGGUACCUACGGAAAUUCUAGAGUAGUGACGGAAGGUAUUUUUACCGCCAAAAAUAGGACUUAGGUAUUUAUCUGCUACUCGACAUAAAACUUAAGUAUUUAUGCCGCAAAUUACUCAAUGUGAAAAAAUUAAGUUUGAGUUUUCUAAGCCUUUGGAUCACAAUCCAAGAAUAUUUGUGUUGAUUGACAUAUGUUAGGAAACCUUCUAUGGGUCCCAUCCCACUAAGGCCGGGCCCAUAAGGAUUGGCCUUUGUUAUAUACUCUACUUCCUCACUCACACAAUUCACUAUUCACUAUUCACUCAGCCUCCCAACCCAAACCUCAAACACAUGGCUAAUCCGACAAUGACACUUGCCCAACCCGGAGACCUCUCUCAUUCUCGCACCUCCGACGACGACGAAUCAUCCGGCCACAGUCCCGGGAGCAUUCGAACGCUCUCUGGCGGCGCAGGAGGAGGAGGCUCAGCCACCUCGUCUAAGCCCCGGAGGUUCUCAGGGGCUGGCGAUUUCUCUUCACCGGUCGAGCAAUCCAAGAAGCCCAGAGGAAGACCACCCGGUUCUAAGAAUAAGCCUAAGGCCCCAAUCGUUAUAACCAAAGACAGCGAUUUCGCUAUGAAGCCCGUUGUUCUCGAGAUUAAAGCCGGUUGCGAUGUCGUGGACACGAUUGUCCAGUUCGCCCGAAAGCGCCGAAUGGGCAUCACGGUUCUCAGCGGAUCUGGCUCUAUUUCAAGCGUCACCCUCCGCCACUCCCUUUCUCACUCUCCGGCGGUAUUUUCACUCCAAGGACCUUUUAGUCUGCUCUCGCUGUCAGGCACAUUCUUGAGUACUUUUUCUUCUCCCAUGGCAAUGGGAACUUCUGGCUCGAAGCCCAUGUUGUCGUCACAGCCUCCGCCGUAUUCUUCCUCUUCUUUCGGAAUUUGCCUUGCUGGAGGUCAAGGCCAAGUAUUCGGAGGCAUCAUCGGUGGGAAGGUAGUGGCAGCGAGUCUUGUAGUUGUUGUGGCGGCUACGUUCGUUAAACCUACCCUUUACAAGAUUCCGUCGGAAGAAGACGAAGAAGGAGAUGAGGAUGUGAAGAGUUCCAUCGUCGGUACUGGAGUUGUUGCCGUUAAUGAGGGGUCUGUCUAUGGUGUGGCUAGCCCAACUCCAAUCAACUGCCAACUUUCACCAGAUGUCAUGCCUUGGGGACCUAAUUCUCGCUCUCCAUAUUAAAGAAGAAACACUAAUAAAUGAUAUUAUUAUUAUUAUUAUUAUUAUUAGUCCUUCUGAUUAUGCUUACUAAAUUUCUUGUCGUUUUAGGUAUGAUUAAUUUAGCGUUACAAAGCACAGAUUCCUCAUAGUUGGGCUUUUCUCAUGAAUUAGGGUUGUACUGCCUCAAUGACAAUUUCAAUCAAACAGUCGACUACCGUUUAUUUAGUGUAACUUCAAACGUCGGCUAGGCUUCUUUAAAUAUAUAGUUCGAGUUAUGACAUUAUAUUCUUUAUAUUAUUAUGUUCUUAUAAAUA